CGACGGUAGUUGGUCUCAUUCGGACAUUUCCUGGACCCAGUGGGCAGUUUUAAUCAUCUUUGACUGGGUGUUCCUUGAAUGUCUUCCUUUGAAAUUAUGAUUACGAUAAGCUGGUUUGAGAAAGGGUAUCUCAGGCGGUUAGGGUAGUCAAUUGGUGUUUGAAUUUAAGAACAUUUGUUUGAAUAAGGUCCUUAUGUGCUUUUUCUUGAUUUCAGAUUUGAGUUUAGCCCAGUUGGGGGUGCUAAAAUCUUGAGCAUCUUUUGACCGGUACCUGUUUCCUCGGUGUGGGGCAAUUCGAUUCUUCAGCACUUGGCACAUAGCCUUCCGAAUAAUUUGCUUAUUUUCGAGUAUAAGCCCAUGUUAUGUUUUUUGCUCAAAGACACAGAGAGAUGCAGUUAGUCUAAGGCCCGCCGUUCACGGUAAUGAAGCGUCACAUAAGCAAGAACCAGUCAACAAGCUUAAAGAUUCAUUAAAAAGAGCGAAAAGAUCUUACUACGUCAAGGUGGUUCAUCAAGUCGAUGACGGACUAUUGAUUGCCAGCAAGAAAAGCUUUCUAGAGGAUGAGCAAGAGGAAGAUGAACAGCGAGAGACCAGUCAAAGGUAAGCAGUAAGUGACUCGUCAGCCGUCACCCCAAUUUGGCUUUAAAUAGUCGAUUGCUCGCUUUAACGUCCCUGACAUACAACCCGGCAGGCCUCACCUCCUUACAGUGAUAUCCUCUUUCUAGAGAGAGAGAGAGAGAGAGAGAGAGAGAGAGAGAGAGCUUUCCUUCUGGGGUUGACUGAAAAAGCUCGAGAACUACGAAGACUGGGCACUCUUUAUUCCAUUGAAAGCAAGAACGAGGACGAAGCAUCAGCAAAAGAAAAGGAGAGAAGAAUGUCAUAAUGAACGCCGAGCAAAGCAAAACAAGCAAAGAAAGAAGAUACUUCCUUUAUCAUCUUCCCAAGGAAAGUAUCAAUAUUUAGGUUAAUCUAUCUAGCCAGUUUGUCGGGAGAAACAUGACCACCGGAACGACUCGUAAAGUUCGGAUAGUCAAGUGCCCAAAAUGCUGGCAGCUUCUUCCAGAGCCGGCAAAUAUUUCUGUGUACCAAUGUGGUGGAUGCAGCGCUGUCCUUCGAGCAAAAAAUUGCAGAAAUGAAGCUGGGAGUGCAGUAUCGGAACUCCUCGAGGCAGCUGAUGCUCAGAAGAAUAAACCUGAAUUGACUUCAGUGGGUGACGGUUCAAAAGAGUCAGGGCAUGGAACAGUUCUUCCUUCCUGGACACUCUGUUCGCCUGAUCGGAGCAAUGUGGACAGCUGUCGCAUGUCUGACAAUGGCAAUGCUGAACCUGACCAGCCUCAUGAGUCAUUCUCGUCCAACGGAGCUAAAAGUGACCAAAGCAGGCAAGAUGUAUCCGGUGAGUGCAAUGAAGAAGGAAAUGGAGGAUCAAGGGAUGUUCGGUCUUCGACUGAGCUUGCUUCUCUUGAUAAUGGACAGACUUUGCUCGUUGAGACUCCGAGACCAAAUAUAGAUGUAAGUGAAGAGAGCUCAAUAUCCGAUAAGCUGCCAGAGCAACCUGCUAAGAGCGUUUCACAUGACAUUGUAAAUCUGAGGGAUUCUCCAAUCCCUGCAAGUGGAGACUACGGUCACCCAAGCUCAACGCUGAGAGGUGAACCUCGAGAAGUACCUAUCUCCACAUCAGCCAAAGGAUUGAAUGAUCAUGUUUACCAAUCUUCUACUCAUGUUGAGAAUCAACGUGCUGGUGGGUAUGUUCAUCGUACAAAAGAAGCGAAUUUUGCCAUUUCUGAAGAACAGGUCGCUAGGCAGAAGUUCCAGAAGAAUCACAAGACGGAACCUAAUUUUAGAACGAAGCAUCCCCUAAGGAAAGAAGCAAACUUUCCCGUUUCUGAAGAACAGGUCGCUAGGCAGAAUUUCCUGGAGAAUCACAAGAUGUACCGUAAUUUUGGAACAAAGCAUCCCCUAAGGAGUUCUAAGUCGUUUUAUUAUAAUUUAGAUGGAGGGACUGACGCGAUUAGAGUUAGCAGGCGGGAUCGAGGUGAAACAAUUAGACAUGCAAGACAAGGUCUUCCUGCUCUAUACCGAACUAGAUCAGAAUUAGAGGGAUUAGAGCCUAGCGGAGCACCAAACUUCCAAUGGGAUCCCCAGGAAACAUAUGACUAUGAGGCUCCCCUGAACAAGGUGCACAAAUAUCUGGUUCGUAGCUCAAGCUGUCGUUUACCAGAGAAGCCUGAGUUCCCUUCUCGGGACGAGAUGGAUCUGUUGAGGAUGGUUCUUGAACUGGAGGAUAAACUAAAGAGAACAUACAAUCUCCAUGGAAUGAGAAAUGAGAAAGUGUCCCAGCAGUUUAGUUAUUCAGGGAAACAUUUCUCGUCGGAAGCCAUGGAAAAUAGUGGAAAAUCUGAUUACUCCUCUACCCAUCGCUUCCCGCAUGACAGGCAUUACUCUGUACACUUGCCUCCACUCGCCAAUCAUGCUAAAGGAGUCUGUAGAGUUCACUCAAGCCGCAGCAUGUAUAAUCAAUAUGCCUCCUCUCCCCUGAGCUCCCGGCACUACACAGUCCCCUCGUUUGAUCAUGAAAUCAAGUUUAAGCAUUUUAGAAAGGAACGCCAAUCUUCCAAGAGACACUUCCGGCCUAUCACAGGUGGGGCCCCAUUUAUAAUUUGUUACCAUUGCUCGGUGCUGCUGCUGGUACCUGUGGAUUUUGUCCUUUCAAGAAGAAGAUGUCAUCGGCUGAGGUGUGGUUCUUGUUCGAUGGUGUUGGAGUUCUCGAUUCAGAAAGGAACACACCUAAUUCGGUAUACACCACGUGCAAUGGAUGCUCCCUCCAGAGGCCUUUCAGGUUGCCCUGAGGUUGUGCACGUUUCUUGCUCCGCUAAUUAUGGUGCUUACCACAACAGUGGAUGUUCUGAAGAAGAGAGUAAGUGUGCAAUGUCCUCAGAGACUGAGGAAGUUCCUGGCAAAACCAGUUCAGCACUCCAUCGGCUAAUGGGCUAUUCUUCAAUUAGUCAGUUGAUGACUAGAUCAAGGCCGUCAGCCAGUGGGGCGAGCACUUCCUUCCUGAGUAAAUCCUAACUAAAGGAAUGAAGAGCCUUUAUUUAUCGGUUCUUGAAAUGCAGCUUUUUGGCAGGCGUUGAUAGACUUUUUAGAAAACAUUGGGAGUUUGUCACCUGUUAUGUUAUCCCUCCAAGUCGUGUUCAUGUGAGAAUGUGAGAGAUGCAAAUAAUAAUGUGCUUGCUGAGGUUGCCACAUGAUCUUUGUCCUUCUGAUUAUAAGGUUAGGAUCCAUGGUUAUUGCAAAUUUACUGGACGUCGCACAUCACAUUGGUCUGUAACGUGGCGUUCAAUGGGACUUCUCCAUAGUUGAGUUACUCGCAGGACUCAUUUCUUUAAGGUUGAAGCAUUCCUAUUCUCAGGAAUGCAGAUGCCGAUGUGUUUGGGCAGUCUUGUGUGAUUUAAAGAAGUGAUAGAAAUACGAAUACGAAUACAAAUUUUAUAUUCAUGACUA